AUGUGCGACUGCUCUACUUGUACCUGUUGCGGCCUCAGGGACUGUGUACAUGCCCCUCAUCCUGCUGGCCCUCUGCACACAGCUCAGGGUUCGCUGGAUCAGAACCUCAUAAAUUGUCUUGAUUCCUCAGACAUGGAUGCCGACUCUCCUCCAGCUCCUCAAAAGAAGAUCAUGAGACAUGAAAGUUUUCACAGAUUCUCCAAGUUGCUCCUCACCUCAUUCAUAAUACUUUUACUGCUAUUGAAAAUGUUAUUCUCAAUUGCUCUGAUCACUUUGUUUAAAAAACAUUUUCCACUUGAUGAAAAAGCAAUUACAAGAGAUCUGAAUUACACUGACUUGGAAUGUACAAAACAGCAUUCACUCUCGAAAGACAAAGUGUGGAGCUGUUGCCCAAAGAAUUGGAAGCCAUUUAGUUCACAAUGCUACUUCACUUCGAAUGACUCGGCCCCUUGGGGAGAGAGUGAGGAGAAGUGCUCCAGCAUGGGUGCUCAUCUGAUGGUGAUCCACAGCCAGGAAGAGCAGGAUUUCAUCACCAAGAUCCUGGAUCCUAAAGCUGCUUAUUAUAUUGGCCUUUCAGAUCCGGGUCACCGACAGUGGCGAUGGGUUGAUCAGACACCAUACAAUGAAAGUGCCACGUUCUGGCACCCGGGUGAGCCCAACAACGACAAGAACAACGAAGAAUGUGUUGUAAUACGUCAUCUAUCUUCCAAAUGGGACUGGAAUGACAUCCCUUGCAAUUGUAUGAGGAAGUCAGUUUGUCAGAUGAAGAAAAUAUAUUUAUGAAUCAAGCUUUUUCCAUGGACAUGGAUUGCAUUUUUUCCAGCAUUACACAGACACUUGAAAAGAUCUUCUUGUGGAAGAGAUGACCAUAGAAAUUUAGGUAGGCAUCAACAGUUAUCCAUAUGAUAAUACUGGUCCCCAUAUACUUAUUUAUUCAUCCUUAGCUCUUUAUAUAAUGAGAAUUUCCCAUGUGCCCGAGACUCUACAGGAUCCCUUUGUGCAUAUGUGGAAGCACUCCUGCUUCUCUGUCCAUUCUUAGAUUCUUAAAGUCUUAUUUGAUAACACAAUUGUAUGGUGUGGACCCUCCACCAAUUUCUCUCUUCU